AUGCACAACAGCACUACCACUUUUGCUCCACCACCAAUUUAUGUGCCUCCAGCUUGUUUGGUAAUGGAACAAUGCUAUCCGACAUUGAGCACAGUUGUUGAGAUGAUCAAUGUUAUGACAACCUCAUGGCUCCAUCCCCAGUGCCUACCCAUAUUCACCUCAAUGCUCGCUUCAGACAUUAUUUGCGUUUACAAUUUCACGGUCCUCAUCUGCUACACAACUCUGUUAAUCUUUAUUCUAACAAUGCGAAAGCUCAACUUCAACUUCCGAGUGUGCAUCGGCUUAUUGUAUCUAUCGGACUCGAUCACGUUGAUCAUGUCUGCAAGAGAAGCUGUGAUCACUGGUUGUGCAUUGGAUCUACGCGUUGAUUUGAAUCUCGUUUGGCAGGGAGCCGGUGGUGGGGUGCAAGACUUGUUGAUAUCGACAAAUCUUCUCAUGGCUUAUUUGCGCUUUCACGAAGCGACACAUAUAGGAAGUGAGACAAAUCAAUGGAUUCCAAGUGUCGGCGCGGUUCUCUCGAUUCUCAUUUGCAUAACCACAUUCUUUUUGCAUGUCACCGGCAAUAUCACCUAUUUGUGGUACGAUCCAAAUGGGACCUAUGAGGAGAGAUAUCUUUGGCCAUUUCAGUACAUCCGAAUCGUUUACCUGGUGGUGGCGAUUUUCACGGCCACCGUUUUUUACAUCGCGUGCGCGUAUCGAAUCGUGACGUUAUCAUCAAACUUCGCGCAUCGCGAGAAAUUCAUCCUUUUCACAUCAGCUUCCGUUUUCGUCACCCAACUCGUUUUCACCUAUGCCACUUUUUGGAUGGGCUGCAAGUUGGGAAUUGGAGAUGUUCUAUUCAACGCAAAUUUGAGUUAUUUCGGUCGUCCACUUUGCUCAUCUGUUGCACCGAUGUUGUACUUGUGUUCGAGCAGUAUGCGAUCUGGAUUGAAAGAUCAACUGGGGAAAUUUCGGAUGACGGUUAGGAAAGUGAUCACCGGGACGAGGACGACACAAAAACGGAGGAUUUCACUGGAACCGGUCUCAGUCUCGACCAUCAGAGCAUCGGUACAAAGGCCGAGCAUU